AUGACACCUUAUGCCCAGCAUAGACCGUAUAAAUACAGCUGGGGGUGGAGGACAAAUCCCAUAGAACAAGUGAUGCAAUUCAGAUAUCUGGGCAUAGACAUAUCAAGUACCCACGACCCAGUUAAAGACCUCAGAAGCCAAAUUAACAAAGCAUCCGCACUAUCAGGAUACCUACGAGAUAUAGUCUGGUCCGACCCGUACAUGCGCAAAGAUAGCAAAGUUAGAAUCUGCAAGACUUGUAUCAGUCCCAUUAUGACGUACGGCAUGGAAGUCCGCGAGGACACCAACAAGACGAAACAAAUGCUGAGGUUGGCCGAGAUGAAAACAUUGAGAACAAUAGUGGGGAAAACAAGAAGAGACAGAGUAAGAAAUACAGAUGUCAAAGAGCAAUGCGGGAUACAAGACAUUGUGAGAUGGGGAAGACAACGUAAGAGGCAGUGGUACAACCAUGUAAGACGAAUGGACGAGAACAGAUUUCCGAGAAUAGUCCUAGAAAACGACCCGCCCGGCUCAAGGCCUCCCCAGAGACUACCUAAAAGGUGGAAAGAUAGUUGGCAAUCCACCUCUCAGGAAAAGAUGCAGAGGCAGCUUCACAAUUAA